UGUCCAGUGGUCUCCAGUCCACCAUCACACUCCGGUCCGGUGUGUACGAAUUUCCCGAAUAACGACAAACAAUACUACGAAAAAGAAAAGAAAAAAAAAAGGUACUAAUUUUGAGUUUCGACUUCGGCUUCACUUCCAUCAGUUCUAGGUGGGCAGCGGGGGAGAAACAAUUCAGAUUUCAUUGAUUCCCCUGGUAGACAGUCGGCGAUGAAAGUAGUUUGACUUAGUUGUUGAUCUUCUCAUUGCUGUCUGCACGCUGGGAUGAUAGAGAAUAUAUUGAGGAUCCAAACAACGUGAAGCCUGAGGUAUUGUGUUCCCACACGAACUUGAUUUAUUUAUUUAUUCAUCUACAAGUACUGCACGUGAACUCAAUACAUUUUGAAUUUUCUUGGCACUGUUGGGAUAUGACUCAAUUCCCCAAGAAGAUAAAGAAUCCUAUCUACAAAGGGAAGUGGAAGAUUCCUUGGGUUCGAAAUCCAGCUUCUUAGUUUUGGGUACAGUCUGCUUGAUGGAAUACAAGGUGUCAUAGGAGACCUGCAUUCAAGUUCAAGCUUGGGCAAGUAGUGAUCAUGGUGAGGGAACAUGGAUGGCAGUUACCGGCACACACCUUUCAGGUGGUUGCUAUUACAGUAUAUUGCUUAUUAGUGGUUGCAUUUUUCGCUUUUUUUGCUCCUUUCCUCGGACGCAAUAUUUGGGAGUAUGCAUUGGUUGCUGGUUAUUCUCCUGUGGCGACACUUGUAUUUGUUCUUUAUGUUCGGUGUACUGCAAUUAAUCCUGCAGAUCCUGGCAUCAUGGCUAAAUUUAAUUCUGAGCCAAGAAAUAAAAUCAGCAUAAGCAAUGGGCUAUCUGCUCAGGAUUUACCUCAAAAAUUCGAUGAACAUAGUGUUGGGGCUCGUUCUUCUGUAUCAUCACCUUCAAGAAGUUCCGUUCCUGCAGCUAACUCCAGUAAGAGAGCUUCAUUAGAAGCUGGGAGUACUAACAUGCAAGUUACAUCUCCAACUGCGAAGUCAUCUUGUUGGCAUCCUGGGAAAAUCUUUUGUGCAGUGUUUGUACAUGAAGAUUGCUGUAAUCAGGAUGGCAUAGAUGAUCCAGAAGGUGCAGGCGAAGAUGCCUUGUUUUGCACAUUGUGCAAUGCUGAGGUACGCAAAUUCAGUAAACACUGCAGAAGUUGUGAUAAAUGCGUUGAUGGAUUUGAUCAUCAUUGUCGGUGGCUCAAUAACUGCGUUGGUCGAAAAAACUAUGUAACUUUUAUAGCACUAAUGGCCCUGAGUCUCUUUUGGCUUGUUAUUGAGGCUUCGGUGGGGAUUGCGGUUUUAGUGCGUUGUUUUGUUAACAAGAAGAACAUGGAGGCUGAAAUAGUUGAUAGACUUGGAAAUGGUUUCUCUCGUGCCCCAUUUGCCACUGUUGUGGCAGUGUGUACAGCUGUUUCCAUCCUUGCUUGUGUACCCUUGGGCGAGCUUUUCUUCUUCCACAUGAUACUGAUUAGAAAGGGUAUUACGACUUAUGAAUAUGUCGUGGCAAUGAGGGCUAUGAGUGAGGCACCGGCUGGGCCAUCUAUGGACGAGGAUCUGCCAAAUAUUAUGUACUCGCCAACGGGUUCUGCUACUACAGGAUUAAGUGGUGGAAGUUCUUUGGGCUUGCAAUACAAAGGUGCAUGGUGCACCCCUCCAAGGGUGUUCGUUGAUUAUCAGGAAGAAGUAGCACCUCAAUUAGAACCUGGAAUGGUUCCGUCAACAAUUGAUCCAGAUGCAGCUGCAUUUGGAGAAAAGGGAAACAAAGUACCAAAACGAUCUGUUCGGAUCAGUGCUUGGAAACUUGCAAAAUUAGAUUCCAGUGAGGCUGUGAAAGCAGCAGCGAAAGCCAGGGCAUCUUCAUCUGUAUUGCGUCCUGUUGAUAACCGUCGCCUGCCAGAUGCUGAAAUGAGCUCAAGUGGAAAUCUGAGCAUUAGUAGCAGUAUGAGCACUGACACUGUAGGAAAUAAGGAUAACAAAAAUGAACUGAGACUUUCUCCUUUGCAAAACUCAGUUGCUCCCAGUCAAGGUAGCAAGGAUGAGUAUGAAACUGGCACGCAUAGUGUGAGUAGCUUUAGUAGUCCAAGCCAUGUCCACGACUCCGUGACACUAAGCCCUCUUCCCCAAGCUCAUGGUUUAGGACAGGUUAAUGCAUCUAGUUCUACACUUGGCCUCGUCCCCAAGCAGCCUCUAGCCCCAAGAGUUGCUUUCGCACGGAUUGCUGACCCAGCGCUCCAUCCUCCAUCUGGCACUGAUGUAAAGAUCAAUCAGAAGGUUAGUGCUUCUGACCCAUUAUUGCUUUCAGCUGCAGCGCCUGCAACUUCACUACUACGAGAUAUUAAGAGGACAUCGGUUGUUUGGGACCAAGAAGCUGGUAGAUAUGUUUCUGUCCCAGUGUCAGCUUCAGAUGCACGUAGUAGAUCAUUUGUUCCUGGAGUGUCAAACACAAAUGCAGGAUUAAAAAAUAAUGACAAGCAGCCUGUUGCUGACCCACAGGAAUCUUCACAGCUUACAAAUCUUCCAAUCCAACAGUCAGAGAGGUUGCUUUAUGCUGGGGAGUCCAUAUUUUUUGGUGGGCCACUUCUAAGUGGUCCAAUUAGGGAUGGUUUGAAGAGUGAGAGAGGCUUAGGGGCAAGAGAUGGACAGGAUAGGCUUCCAAUCAUCAUGCCCAAAGACACUAGAUAUAAAAGGGACUCUGUCUCAAACCAGUUGCCUGUUUUCAUUCCAGGAGAUUUUGACUCUAUUCCGUCAUCAGGGUUGAAGUAGGAUCUCAUAUGAACUAUUUGCAUAGUUUAUAUCUCCCUAUGCCCACGAUGGUCUAAUAUAGGGAAGUUGGAGAAACCGCCAAAAGAACUGCUCCCUCGUUCAACCUGGAACCUUGUUGUCGAUAGUAGUGAUUCUUGUAACCAAUGGCGAGGUUCUAGUGGUUUCUCCUUGUAUGGAUUUUCCCAUAUUAACACUACAGAGGGUACAUUUGUAGGAUAAAGUCAUCCAAUUCCCACGAGCAGUGAAUCAUUUUGCUUGUAAUUAAGAAUGAUUUGAGGGUUAUAGGAUUAGGUCGAGCAAAAGGUUUACCUUGUCUCGCUGUAACUGUUUGUUGAUACAUUCCAAUUCUUAUGCCAACAAAAAUGUUUCAGGUAGCAA